AUGAAACGCCCCGCCGAAGAGGAAGAGGCAGCUCGACGACGUCAGCAGAAAGAUUUUAAGGACAGCAAAAGCAAUAGCACCACACCCACCAAAACCAAGGAGCAAAACAAGUACCUGUAUUCGGUGCUCCAGCAGGAUUCCUGUGGGGAGGAAGAGUAUCGCCUCCCAUUGGUGAGUGUGGUCAAGCCUGCCGCCAAGUCCCGCCAAACCAAACUCUUGGCCAAGGGUCGCAAGCUGAACAACAAAAAGAGGGGUCGACCCAAGAAGGCGGCGCCGGCUAGCGACAAGAAGAAGAAUCAGAGCGCGUUGGAUUUGCUGCAUGCCAAGACCCUUUCUGCAGCGCCCCCUCAGGAUCAGAGGAAUAUGCAGUGCUAUGCAUACCGGCAACCGCGGAGUCCCUUUUACCAACUACCUUCUAAGGUCCAGCACUACCCAGCCAAUCAACUGCUGCUGAGCCCAACCCCUCCGGGUCUGCAACAACUGCUAGACAAUAUCAAAGUUCAAUACCUCCAGUUUAUGGCCUACAUGAAGACUUCUCACUACCAAUCCAAUCUACAGCAGCUUUUAGAGCAGGAGAAGCAAAAACACAGGGAUUUGUCCAUGCAGGCAGAGCAGCUCCAUUCCAUCUGUCAGUCUCAGAAGGACAAGAUCAAAGGUCUCUUUCAGACCAAACUGGAUGAGCUGGGAGUGAAAGCUCUCACUGUGGAGGACCUGCUGCAGGCCCAGAAGGAGAUAUCGUCCCACAACCAUCAAUUGAAAGAGCAGACCAAACAGCUUGAGAGAGUCAUGGCUUAACUUCGAGAUCACAGCCUGC